AUGAGCUUCUUUCAGUUGUCGAAACAAGUUUUCAACGUAAUCAAUGCAUCCAGAAUGGUUUCGGCAACCUCAAAUUCGCCGAUUGUUCAAAAUAGUGUUUUGGAAAUUCCAGCAGCUGUUCGUGGAAUGCUAGAUCUGCGAAAGGAAGCGUUUGAAACAAAUAUCACAUUGCCUGCAUUGAAGGUGGACGCAUCAAAAGUAUCCAUUAUUCAAGGGAAAGUGCGAUUGGAGAAGUACCUAUUCAAGAAUCUUGGUAGGAUAAAGAAUAUCAUGAAUGCGGAGGACUCAAAACAUAAGCUAUUUAUAUUCAAUCCUAACGAAGUACAAGAAGACUCUGCGGAACUGAAAUCCCAUAUUGAAUCUAUGAUCAAAGAGUAUACCGGUGAGAUCACCUUGCAAUGGAAAACCAUAAAUUUGCCGGUAACAUUCCACGAUUGGGACGUGAGACGAAUAUUGAAAGCUGUACUUCCAGACGACUUAGAUUUUAGCAGCUACAGCCAAGCUGGUCACAUUGUUCACGUUAAUUUACGCGAGAACUUACUGCCUUUCAAAAAGAUUAUUGGUCAGAUUUUGCUUGAAAAAGUGUCAAAGUGCAGAACGGUCGUCAACAAAAUUGAUGGGAUCAAAAGCGAGUAUCGAAAUUUCGAAUUAGAUCUCUUAGCUGGUGAUGAAGACUACAUUACGGAAACCCUCGAAGGAGGUGUGCGAUAUCGGCUCGAUUUCUCCAAGGUGUUUUGGAAUUCUCGCCUCAGCCACGAACAUGAGCGGGUGGUGAAAUUGUUUGAUUCUCGCUCUUUAGUCUAUGAUGCGUGUGCUGGAGUGGGUCCAUUUGUCUUGCCAGCAAUAAAGAAGGGACGCGCUUCACAUGCAUUGGCUAACGAUCUCAACCCAGAAAGUGUGCGUUGGUUGAAGGAGAAUGCAGUACUCAAUAAGUUCAUUAGUGGUGAUAGUCUCCUUGUUCAGAUUCCUUCUGCGAAGUUGGAAAUCCACAAUCUGGACGCAACCGCUUUCAUUCGCGGUCCUCUGGCGGAACAUCUAACUAAAGAGAUCGGUAAUGCGGAAACGUCAGAAAGCCCGCCGUCAGGAGCCCAUGUGAUGCUGAACCUACCUGGUUUCGCUGUCAAUUUUCUCCCUUCGUUUCGAGGAAUGUUAACUGAACAUUUCCCGGCAGAGUUUUCAUCCACAUUGCCUGUGAAAGUAUACUGCUACCUUUUUGCCAAGGCACACGAGGAUGUACCCGAUGACUGGUAUAAGAACCGAGCAUUAGAGAUGGUUCGGGAAUUCCUGAACGAAGAUGAAGCCCGCAUUGACUUAAUCCAUCAUGUGCGUACCGUUUCUUCACGGAAGGAGAUGUUCUGUGUCCAGAUGACCUUGUCCUGGAAUUUGCUGGUCAGUAAAGAAGGAGACCAUAACCUGAAGAGGAGCCACUCCGAGAAUGAAGCAGACUCUGAUUCAACUAAAAAGAGCAAACUAGGUGCUGAUUGCAUUCUAGAACUUUUUUAUUUAAUCCAUUCGUUGCAGCUUACGCAUGCGCGUAAAAAGUAUAGCUUUGCUUCCUUCAAAAUCUAUAGUAUCAGACGCCGUUUAGCAGAAUAUUUCUCAAAUAAGUUCCACGAACAACGCGUAAACGAAAUAGGACCAGAUCUUGCAUGUUUGGAAUGGUUGAUGGAGUGUGGAUCAACGGAGGUAACCAUGAGCGAUAAUGAACGGAUAACAUCUAUUCGUCAUAUGAAAAAUUACAUCAAGGACAGGAUAGAAGAAAAGAAUAGCUCUCCAUCAACGAUACGAUCGCCAUCCGUCGAUCUAGAGUACGAACUGAAGUGGAAAUCUGUGCCCUCGGUCCAUAUAGUGAAGGUAGACGCAAGUGACUCUGCUAUUGCAGAUGAAGGCUUUAAAUAUUUCCGCGAUCUCAAACGUCUUGAAGUGCUAAAGUUGAAUUUCUGUGAUUAUUUCGGUGAUGAAGCAAUUCGAGAGCUAGCCAUAGGAAGACCAGCAGCCUCGUUACGUGAUAUAGAGAUUGUCCUAAAUCCUGCAGUGACCGAUGGAGCAGUCUACUGGUUGAGCAGAUUAAAGGCACUAAGGCGUGCACAUUUCUAUUUCCUACCGUAUGUCUCGAAUAGGCAAUCUUUCAUUCGACAGCUGAAGUUGGCAUUGCCCAGGUAUGACUUUAUGGUGUAA